AUGAUUAGAAUAGUUGGUGUUGGAUGUCAAACAAAUAAGUUGAUUUCAACUUUGAAUCGAUCAACAACCACAUUUAAUUUAUAUAAAAGAUAUAGUACCAACAAUGUAAAUAGUAUUGAUUGGAAUAAGAGAUGGUCAGUAGUAGAGUUAUUAGAGAGUAAACAAAAGUCACAUAGUAUUCCUGUAGAGAAGCUGCGACAUUUAGCAUCUCUUUCAAUGCUCGAGAUCAAAGAGGAAGAUGUAGAUAGAUACUGCCAGCAAUUAGGUGGUGUAUUACAAGCUGUCGAUGCUAUGCAACAGGUAGAUACAAACAACGUCUUGCCGUUACGUACACUACUCGAGGACCAGUCACUGCUACUAAGAAAAGAGACAACUGUCACUCCUGCAGAGCAGCAAUCAACAACAACAACAAUAUCAUCGCAAAACCAAAAACAACAAAUUAACAACAUACUCCAACAUUCAUCACAUACACUUUCAAAUUUUUAUAAAGUACCUCACAGAGGACAAACUUCAUCAUCUGAAUCGAAAUCAAAUAAAAAAGUCAUCUCCGAUCAAGAUGAAAUCGAAGAGGAAUAA